CGUUGACUUCUCAGAAGAGGAGGAAUAUUGUGAAAUUUAGGCACGUUUUGGACCUCAGUAAUUUAUACUGCGCUGUUUCACAGAUCAGAAAUAAGUGAACACAAAAGAGGAGUUGAAUUUUUAGAAAAACUCUGUUUUCGGGAGCAGUUAUGGAUGAGUUUGACGCGCCUUUGAAGACGCCCGUUGAACACGGCGAAAACUGCGACGUUUUGAAAGAAAUUGAGGAACAAACUUGUCUACUUUUUGAGGAAUUUCUACGUUUGGACGAUCAUAUUUUAGAUUGUCCAAAACCGGCUGGACGUCUUCGUGGAUUUGCAAGUGAACAGAAAGAAAUAUGCGAUUCGCCAGUGUACAAAUCUGUCACGAAAACUCGAGGCAAUUUAGCGGAAAAUAGAACUGAUCCAAAAAUGAAAGAAUUGGCUCUUGAAUUACAGAAAGCUGGUGAUAAACUUGUCACUGACUAUGGAUCAAAGGUUCAGGAUGUUGAGGGCAAACUAUUACAGCUUGUCAAACAAGAGGCUGYAAACUUAACYUAUGAAAGAUUCUCAGUGGCUGUCGAUGACCUCGUUGGAAAAGACAAAGACUGGACAACAUUUGUGUUUGCUUUCCAUGUUGGAAAAAGGAUCUGCAAGCAUUCACARGAAGGUUUUCAAUAUGCAAGGAAUUACUUCCAACAGUAUAUAUCACAGUCUUACAGUCAGACAUUGAGAGACUCUGGAGGCGUGGAAACGUUUUUGAGAACACGAGGAUCAUCAAUGCCACAGUGAAUGAAAGAAUAUAAUUACACASAGGAACUCCAACCAGGAGUUUUUUGUAAAACUGAAAAUAUCACAUAAGACUAAUUUAAGAUAGACCUGCCUGUCUAAAACUAGGCUCUUUAUCCAGCCAUGAAGAAUUAAGGUGAGGUCAAGACUACAGUCAAACUCUAACUAGCAUACAGAGGCUGGUGAUACAAAGGAUGAACAUCAAAUCCAUACUAACAGGUUUCUCAGUAGUAAUAAAAGUAGGCAUUUAGGAAAAUUACCCGUCAAAAUAGGAAAAGUACACUCAGCUAAAUAAUUUGUGAAUAAAUUCUUUAUUCUAAAGUGCUACUUGCAUGAAAAUGGCCUUAUUUCAAAACUUCAAGCAAUACAAAUAAAUGACUGUCAUUUAUAUCUAUU